GACCCGGCCCCGCCGUCCCGCUGCCCGCCCGCUGCGGCUCGUCACCUCCGGGGUCCCAGCCUCCACGGGCCGGGGCCGCCGCUGCCGCCGCAGGACGGGGAGGCGGGCCAUGGCGUCCUGCGUGGGGAGCCGGACUCUGAGCAAAGAUGAUGUGAACUAUAAGAUGCAUUUCCGGAUGAUCAACGAGCAGCAAGUGGAGGACAUCACCAUCGACUUCUUCUACCGGCCGCACACCAUCACCCUGCUCAGCUUCACCAUCGUCAGCCUCAUGUACUUCGCCUUUACCCGGGAUGACUCUGUCCCAGAAGACAACAUCUGGAGGGGUAUCCUUUCUGUUGUUUUCUUCUUUCUCAUCAUCAGUGUGUUAGCUUUUCCCAAUGGCCCAUUUACUCGACCUCAUCCAGCCUUAUGGCGAAUGGUUUUUGGACUCAGUGUGCUGUAUUUCCUGUUCCUGGUAUUCCUCCUCUUCCUGAACUUUGAUCAGGUUAAGUCCCUGAUGUACUGGCUAGAUCCAAAUCUUCGGUACGCCACAAGGGAAGCAGACGUCAUGGAGUAUGCCGUGAACUGCCAUGUUAUCACCUGGGAGAGGAUUAUCAGCCAUUUCGAUAUAUUUGCAUUUGGACAUUUCUGGGGCUGGGCCAUGAAGGCCUUGUUGAUCCGUAGUUAUGGUCUCUGCUGGACAAUCAGUAUUACCUGGGAGCUAACCGAGCUUUUCUUCAUGCAUCUGUUGCCCAAUUUCGCCGAGUGCUGGUGGGACCAAGUCAUCCUGGACAUCCUGCUCUGCAACGGCGGCGGCAUCUGGUUGGGUAUGGUGGUUUGCCGGUUUUUAGAGAUGAGGACCUACCACUGGGCCAGCUUCAAAGACAUCCACACCACCACCGGGAAAAUCAAAAGAGCUGUGCUCCAGUUCACUCCUGCUAGCUGGACCUACGUUCGAUGGUUUGACCCCAAAUCUUCAUUUCAGAGAGUGGCUGGGAUAUACCUUUUCAUGAUUAUCUGGCAGCUAACUGAGUUGAAUACCUUCUUCUUGAAACAUAUCUUUGUGUUCCAAGCCAGUCAUCCAUUAAGUUGGUGUAGAAUUCUCUUUAUUGGUGGCAUCACGGCUCCCACAGUGAGGCAGUACUAUGCUUACCUCACCGACACACAGUGCAAACGCGUAGGGACCCAGUGCUGGGUGUUUGGGGUCAUUGGUUUCCUGGAAGCCAUCGUGUGCAUAAAAUUUGGACAAGAUCUCUUCUCUAAGACCCAAAUACUCUACGUUGUGCUUUGGCUUCUUUGUGUGGCCUUCACCACCUUCCUGUGUCUGUACGGCAUGGUUUGGUACGCAGAGCACUAUGGUCACCGAGAAAAGACGUUCUCCGAGUGUGAAGAUGGCACCUACAGUCCGGAUAUCUCUUGGUCUCAUGGCAAAGGUACAAAAGGUUCUGAAGACAGCCCACCCAAGCAUCCGGGCAACAACGAGAGCCACUCUUCCAGAAGAAGGAAUCGACAUUCCAAGUCAAAAGUCACCAACGGAGUUGGAAAGAAAUGAAAGAAACUGGUUAAUCGCAGACGUCCCAGAGAGUGCCUAGAACCGAGAGGGAAACAGAAAGGCUUGCACACCUCCCUGUUGGGAGGGCAACCAUGCGGUGCCAUCGGGACGAGGAGAGGGGACUUGGGGUCAUUAUUUGAGAGAGAGAGUCUUGUUCCCCACAGACCCAGCCACAUGAGGCAGGUCAGUGCCUGGGAUCCUUUGCCAGUUCGGGGUCUCCUCCAACUUCAGCACUUGGUGUCCGGUCUCGGGUAGCUGUACGGAGCGUCUGCAGGAAGGGCGGCCUCUCACUCACAGCUGCCCGGAGCAGCACUGCUUGCGUGUAUUGUGGUUGCAGUUAGUUGAAACACCUUCAUUCAGACAGGGCAUUAACGGUAUGUUAACACUGGUGACCGGUUUUUAUUUUUAUGAAUCUGCCUCUCCCAUUUGACUGAUUGGUUUAAGUUCAGGCCACCACUCUGUCUUUUAUUGUUGUUAUUUUAUUUGUUCUUAAGUUAGGAUACUUAAAAGCCUUCAGAAGCCGCUGCUGAAAUUGAAUUGGGGGAAAGCCCUUCUCUCUCCUAAAGAAAACAACAGGGAGAACGUUUGUGUUACUGUCUGGCAAACCCAUCCCCCUUUUAGGACCUUAAACCGCACGGUGGGUGUAAACCAGCCCGAGGAAAGGUUGGCUACCCACAUAGGAUCCUGGGCUUCAGAUCAGAACCUUUUUUGUUUGUUCUGAGUGUCGUUUGUCCAGAGUUAUCCACAGUGCGCAGAAGUGAGCCUGCUUGAGAGGCGGUGCACACCACGGCUUCUCUCCCAGCCAGGUGCCUUUUACAUUUUAUUUGUUUCCCUUCCAUGGUGUGUUGCUGACACUGUCUUUUAGUCCCAUGUGAGGUGCUGGUGAGUAUUACCUUUCAUCUGUGUGCCAUGCUCUAGAACCUUUACACUGGUAGUUCACCACCUCCGAUGGAUCCCUGUUUUAAAUAAAAUAAUACACGUUAAAGCCCAUCAAAGAUUAGUCUCUGUCAAAUGCUCAUUUCUUUGCAUCCUAUUGGUGUUUUUCACCGUUUGUAAGCAAUCACUGUGUUUUUCAAGUGACUUUAAGAAUAAUAUGAAUGUGCAUGUGUUCUAUGCAGUGAGAAGAAAAAAGAAAAAAUAUGUAUUUUAGAGGACUUACAGACACAUAUGUUACAUUUCCUAAGCUCCCCAAGUGAUCAAUAGGAAAUGCACAAGAUAGUCAUUGUGUUUUCACAUGGUAAUGGUCACAUCAACCACGUUGGAUUUUUUUUUCUCUACCAAGCGGCUGGCACUCAGCUGCUUGGCUUAUAGAUCUCAACUUGCCCAAGGAAAACCGUCUGUUCCUCAUUUCAGAGAGCAGAGUUUUCCAUGUCUUCUACCCCUUUAAGGAAAUCUUUCACCACAGAAGUGUCAUGUUUUUCUUUUCCUGCAAAGGAAUUCCGGGGUGAAGGGGUUAAAUGAAUCACACAAAGCCGGGGUCAUGUCCCAUGCUCUGGGCCUCUGGCGACCACUUGGUCAAGAGCCUCGCACAGACUUGCUGCAGCAGCCAGGCGUCUUCCUGGUGGAGGAGGCCUGCGUUUGUUCAGCCGACGCAGUGGCUGGAGUGGCGGGCUGGCUGUGAGGGGCUGCGGCUGUGCGCUUUCACGUGCAGUCCACACUGCAGCCCCGGCCUCCCUAGAAAGGACUGAGAGAGCAGAGGUGCCCCUUUCAUAAGCCCACUUACACUUUCACAGCCCAUCCACGAGGUCUUUUGUAAAUAUCCGCACAACGUAAACUCUUUGCAAGUAGGUGGGUUCCUCUUGUUUCCCCACGCAUUCUGCUUCCCUGAGCACUGAGUGCCCGAGUACACCAUAAUCUCACGUACGUGGUCUACCUCCACUCUCCUUCCUGUGCCUGGGCCACAUCACUGAGCAUUUCCCAGGUCAUUAUCUGGGAGAGCCUGGCCUGGCACCCCAACGGUCCUCUGACUCCUAGCUCGGUCAGACUGAUGUAACGUGUUUCCUUGCUCCGAGGCCAGCAUGGAGGGAGGUACCUGUUUAGCACGCGGCGGCUGACUUUCCUGUGGGAUAUUUGAAAAGCAAAGUGCACAUGGGACCAUUUUUCCUCUGCAGCUGUGUAUGAAAUCCCAGUAAAGCCCUCAGAUGCUGUCUGUGCCCAUUCUUUGAGUUUACAUUUUAUUUUUUCCCUUCCAGUAAGAGUUGUGGACAGUAGUUACAAAACCAGUGCUUUCUGUGACUGGCCCAACCCUCAGCUGCCACUCCUCCUAGACACCAUACUGCUGGGUUUGGCCUACUUUUUCCCUCGUUUCUAUGGAGAUGGACCUCAUGUUGAUGGAAAUAGAUCAGAGGCAUCAUUUAAUAUAAGAAAUGAUUCUAUUGCAAAUCAUCUCACAUUGGCCAUUUGCAAACUGCCCUCUUCAAGACACCAUUGUUUUGGCCAUAAUGCUCGAAGAACGUCUUACAUAUUUUUCUCCGUAAGUAGCAUUAUACCGAGUGUUAGCUACUUUUCCCUUUCUGUCAUUCUUGGGCUUUCCGUGGCCCUUCCCCACUUUCCUUGUGUCUGUUUUCACCAUUUGUAAAAAAACGUGGCCAACAUUGCUCCCACAGCUAUGCUAGGACAUUUCAUUGACCUGUUAAGUAUUUUGAUGAUAAAAGACAUCCCAUAAAUGCCAGCCUUAUUUCCACUAGAACUUCUUCUAUAGUGAGCUCAUGCGUCAACUGCUCACCCAGGAGAAAUAAAAUAAAAUUCUUUACCAAACUCA